CUUUGUAGCAGGGAAAUCUUGUAAUUUUUUAGCUACAAAAAUCGACCUUAAAAUUCACUUAUCUUGUGAUUACAUUAUGUCAAUAUAGAGGCAACCUUUAUUGAUCCUUUCAAAUGAAAAAAAAAAAGGAAGAAGAAUCCUUGUAUUAAUCAUGUGUUAUGAUUGCCUCCAAACUCCGACUAUAAAAGACCCAUCAGCAAUCUUCUCCUUUCCUUUCUAUUGCCCAAUAGGCAACUUUAACCAGUGAAGUAGAGAUAAAAGAAAGAAAAAUAUCUCAACAGAAAAUGGCAGCUGGAACAGAAAGUAUUGUUAAGUAUGGGAUUAUUGGAGUUGGAAUGAUGGGAAGAGAACAUCUAAUCAACUUGUAUCAUCUCAGAAGCCAAGGGGUUGCUGUUGUAUGCAUUGCUGACCCACAUGUCCCUUCUCAACAACUUGCUCUAAGUGUAGCAGAAUCUUUUAAUUGGCCACUCCAGGUUUUUUCAGGGCAUAAGCAGAUGCUGGAUAGCGGCCUCUGCGAUGUAGUGGUGGUUUCUACUCCAAAUAUGACUCACUUUGAGAUUUUGAUGGAUAUUCUUAAUUAUCCGAAACCCCAUCAUGUGUUAGUGGAGAAGCCUUUGUGCACAACUGUUGCAGAUUGCAGAAGGGUUGUGGAAGCUGCCAAGAGAAGACCAGAUAUGCUGGUACACGUUGGGCUUGAGUACAGGUACAUGGCACCUGUUGCUAAACUGAUAGAUAUAGUCAAAUGUGGAACGCUAGGGCAAGUCAAGAUGGUGGCUAUCAGAGAGCAUCGAUUUCCCUUUCUUGUUAAGGUGAAUAACUGGAACCGGUUCAACUGUAAUUCUGGUGGUACUUUGGUAGAGAAAUGCUGCCACUUUUUUGAUCUGAUGAGGCUAUUUGCUGGUGCUAAUCCUGUUCGUGUAAUGGCAUCUGGAGCCAUUGAUGUUAAUCACAAAGAUGAAAUCUAUGAUGGAAAGGUUCCUGACAUCAUUGACAAUGCUUAUGUAAUCAUUGAGUUCGACAAUGGUUCUCGUGGCAUGCUUGACCUUUGUAUGUUUGCUGAAGGGAGCAAGAAUGAACAAGAGAUAUCUGUUGUUGGUGACGGUGGGAAGGGUGAGGCCUUUGUUCCUGAAAGCAUUGUACGCUGGGGCACUCGAGUUGGGGGAAGGGAAGGUGUACAAACCUUGCAAGCCUCAGAUGAUCGAAUACAAUAUGAUGGACUGCAUCAUGGUUCCAGCUAUUUGGAACAUCUGAACUUUUUGUCUGCGGUCAGAGCUAAAGGGGCACAAGCUCCUGCUGUGAAUCUGCAUGAUGGAUUGAUUUCGGUAGCUAUUGGAGUUGCAGGACAACUAUCGAUUGAGAAAGGUCGAUUUGUUACGAUCGAGGAAGUCAUAAAUGAAUAAACUCGAGUCUUCAACUUGUGUCCUCCAAUACCAGCUAAUGUGUCUUGUUAUUCUCAUUUUACACUACCUAAAGUUGCAAGUAAAAUACAAUCAAUCGAC